UCCAGCUACUGGUAUUUUUUUUUAAACUGAAUAGUAAACGGUUAGCACAUCUGAAUCCAGUUCGUUAGUUCCGCGAGUAUGUACAGCAUGAAGCUUCUAUUUCUGUCCGUGUGUCUAUUGCAACUGGUUUUCGCAAUACCAGUUCGUAAAGAUGGUCCAGUUCCAAAUACUCCAGAAAAUAUUGCAAUAAUUGCAUCUGGAAAUUAUCCACAAAAUAUCGAGGAACUUAGUGGACAAUUCCAAGGUGAUAUGGUGCUGACAAUCGAACAGGAACGCAUGUUAAAUGGUCUGGAUCGCACUGGUUUGAUUGACACCAAUUACAGAUGGCCGAACAAUACCAUUCCCUACGAAUUGAGCGAUAUAUUCAGCCAGGAGCAGAAGGACUACAUUGAACUUGGUCUGAGAGAGUUGGAGCGCGUCAGCUGCAUAUUUUUCGUUCGCAGAACUACCGAAGAGAAUUUCGUCUCCGUUGAAGGAAAUGGAUCUGGCUGUUCGUCGAAUGUUGGUUUUCUGAAUCGAGGUCAACAAAGAGUUCAUCUUCAGCUAUAUCCACCGGGACAAGGUUGUUUCAGAAUUGGAACGAUUAUACACGAAUUCUUGCACACAUUAGGAUUCUAUCACAUGCAGUCUGCAACUGAACGUGAUGAGUUUGUUACGAUUAUGUGGGAACAUAUUCAAUCAGGCACGGAAGGUAACUUCAAUACUUACCCAGCUGAUCGGAUAAGCAAUUUUGGUGUUGAAUAUGAUGUUACCAGUGUAAUGCAUUAUUCAGCUUGGGGAUUCAGUAAAAAUGGAUUCGCUACCAUUGUUCCUCAUGACAUCACUUUGAUCAAUGUAAUGGGACAGAGAACUGGCAUGAGCGAUAGAGACAUUAGCAGAUUGAAUUCGAUGUAUUGUUAAUACAAGCUAUUCUAGUGGCUCAAUCCUAUUGUUUUGAAUAGAAUACAUCAAUUUCGUCAA